UUUUCAAAACCUUUGAUUAAAUUAAAUUUCCAAACAAUGUUGAAAAGGUUUCUAUGCCGACAGAAUGUUCUUUUAGGGUUCAUCUCAACAAACCCUAAAUUGUAUCCUCUUCCUCAACACUUUUCAUUCCCAAUUUCAUUUAGAUACUUCACAACCACAACAUCAGAAUCAGAAUCAGAUACACACCCAUUCGCUGUAUCAUACCUCAUCAACAAUUUCGGUUUCUCACAUAAAUCAGCUCGCACAGCUUUCAAAAACAAACAGGUUCGUUUUAAAUCUCCUGAUAAGCCUAAUUCUGUUAUCAACUUCUUCAAAAAUCAUCAUUUUUCACAAUCCAACAUACACACCAUCAUUGCAAAAGAACCGUGGUUACUUUCAUCACAACCCAACAAUGCAAUUUUACCAAAGUUUGAAUUUUUUCUAUCAAAAGGUGUUUCUUCCUCUGAUAUUGUUUCAUUGUUAACUGCAAACCCUAGAAUUUUACAUUGUAGCUUGGAGAAACGAAUAAUCCCUCUUUUUGAACUAUUAAGUAGGUUCGUGAAAACCAACAAGGAUGUCAUUGUUUGCUUAAUUCGACAUUCGUAUUCAUUUGAUCGUAUUUCAUAUAAACACAUUGUGGGUAAUAUCAAUUUGAUGAGUGAUUUUGGAGUAUGUGAUUCUAUCAUUGCUAGAUUGCUUCAAACAAGGCCAUCAAUGUUUAGUUCAACUGAAUUGAUUAAGACAUUGGAGGAAGUUAAGGGUUUAGGGUUUGAUCCUUCAAUGACUACUUUUGGGGCUGCUUUGAUAGCCAAGAAAUGUGUGAGUAAAAAACAUUGGAAUGAGAAAGUUGAUACCUUUAAGAAAUGGGGUUGGUCUGAUGAAGAUAUUGUUAAAGCAUUUAGGGGUAGGCCUGAUCUUUUGUUGGCUUCCUUGGAUAGGAUUAAUUUGGUGAUGAGUUUUUGGGUUAAUCAAUUGGGUUGGAAUUCCUUGGCACUUACCAAACGGCCACAGAUGUUUGGUUAUAGUUUCGAAACAAGGAUCAUCCCAAGGGCCUCAGUUCUGCAAUUUCUUCUGAUGAAAUGUUUGCUAAAAAAGAAUGCAAGCUUAGUUAACCCAUUUAGGAAAAAAUGAAACUUGUAUACACGACGGAACACAAUGGCAUGCCACUCACUAAAUAGGUGACUUCAUAAUCUUCUUUUGUUAUGUAACCUUAGCUUGUUAGUUCUUAAAAUUUAAUUGAUUAUUCUUUCUAUAUCAAGAUAGAGGAUGCUCUAGCUGACUGGUUUUAUUUGCUAAUUUGGACCAGAUUGUCAGAGUUGGUCAUAAUAACAACCUUAUGAUUUUUCUUAUACAUUAUACAGUAUCUAUCUAGUAGUUAUUGAAAACCUGAAAUGGUCAGGGAAUGUUCAAGAAAUGGUGUUAGUUCUCCUUCCAUGUUUAUUCCAUAAAGAUUCCAUGGUAGUAUAAACAAACUAUGUAGGCAUGUCUUCUCAAUUUAAUGAUUGCAACUUUAAGCUUGAAAGUUGAAAUUAUUCGGUACUUUGCCUAUCUGCUUUUCCUUUGCUUCUCUACACAUUGUGCUUUUAAGCAAACUUUUAAUUUUUGAAUACUUUUGUAUUACUCAUAGAGUGUUAUUAAACAAAUAUGCAACCUUUUUGAA